AUGUCUUUUAGCAGCAGUAUUCCCAAGGUCCCCAGACAGUGGCAAACUCAUGCAAUAGAGUUACUGGUCUUGGACGUCUCGAUGAGCCAGCUUACAAAACUUGAUUCAGCGUCCAAGAUGACGGAACAACAGUUUCUCUGCCGGAGAGUACUUUGGCCAGGAUCGAAGAAGGCCAACAAGUCCCCAAAAUCCCCCAAGACGAUCAAAGCCCGCAUUGACGAGGUGAUGGUGGACUUCCCCGAGUUCGAUGCGUGCCUCCACCAGCUCAGAACACGCGAAAGAAGUAACGCUGAUCGAAAAAUGGGUGCUUUCAGGACCGAGCCCUGCUGCAUGGAUGGCCAAGUGGAGACUAUAAGUCAAUAA